UAGAUAAAUUGCUGGACGGCAUCAAAUGGGAUGACAAAGGAUUAGCUGUUGUAAUAGCACAAAGCGUUGACACUGGAGCUGUUAAUGCAAGGCUUUGCUAACAGAGACGCUCUCUCCACAACCAUCACUUCUCGUAAAGCUACAUUCUUCAGUCGAUCUAGAUCAGCCUUAUGGACUAAGGGAGAGACUUCCAAUAACUUCAUCAAUGUCCUCGAUGUUUACCUUGACUGCGAUCGCGAUUCGAUAAUCUACCUUGGAACACCUGAUGGGCCUACUUGUCACACAGGGGCAGAGACUUGUUACUACACCUCAGUGUUCGAUCAACUAAACAAUGAUGAGGCUGCAGGAAACACGCUAGCAUUAACAACAUUGUAUUCACUAGAAUCAAUCAUUUCGAAGCUGAAAGAAGAAUCAUCAGCUCCUCAAGAAGGCAAACCAUCAUGGACUCGACGGUUAUUGACGGAUGACGCUCUGCUUUGCUCAAAGAUCAGGGAAGAAGCAGACGAGUUAUGCAGAACACUGGAGGAUACGGAGGACGCUUCAAGAACAGCAUCGGAGAUGGCUGAUGUGUUGUACCAUUCGAUGGUGCUUAUGUCUAAAAGGGAUGUGAAGUUUGAAGACGUUCUUGAAGUUCUUAGAAAACGCUUCUCUCAGUCUGGGAUCGAGGAGAAGCAAAACCGCACAAAGUGACCGUUUACUAGUGUUUGAAUAAUGUUUUGUAUUUGCUAUAAUUCUCUUUCAAGUUAGUCGUAAGACCAUUUCCAAUCGCUUGUUCUAAUUUUUACUCUAAAAUAAAGUAACUCUUUAAUAUAGUUUGAGUUUGCUCCAA